AUGCGACAAGGUUCUGAUUUGAUUCUUGAGAGAUUAGAUAGAUGUUUUUUCAAUCAAAUUGCUGAAGACCUUUGCCCCAACUUCUGUGUCAAUAAUUUUCCUAGAGAUUCUUCUGACCAUUGUCCUAUGCAUAUUGGUUUCAAUUAUGAGGAUAUUUGUAUGCCUAGACCCUUUUAUUUUAUGGCCAUGUGGAUGGAAGAUCCUACUUGUAGAGAUAUCAUUGUUAAUUCUUGGUCUGUUAAUGUGGUAGGCUCUCCUGCCUAUAAACUAAAAUCUAAGCUUUUAAGUACAAAAAAAGGUCUUAGAGAUUGGAAUAAAACUUCCUUUGGUAAUAUUCAAACUAAUAUAUCUACCAUCAGGAAGGAUUUGGCUGACCUCCAAUGCAAUAAUCCAACUGAAACUACUUUAACUUCCAGACUGAAAGAUAGAUUGGAAUAUCUCUACAAUCUAAAAGAACUAUACUGGAAGGAUAAGUCCAGAGAUGAUGAAAUUCUGGCUGACCUCCCCAUAAAGUUUACUGCUGAAGAUAAUGCUCUUUUAAGUCUUCCUCUUACUGCUGAAGAGAUCAAAAAUGCGGUUUCCAAAUGGGGUGGUGGGGGGGGAUCUCCAGGUCCUGAUGGUUUUACAGGCCUUUUAUAUCAAAAAAACUGGGACAUCGUAGGUGAAUCUUUCAUUGAUAUGACACAAACCUGCUUUAGAAUAGGGAAUAUUGCUAAGCCCCAGCCUGAAAGAGGUCUGGGACAGGGUUGCUCUGAAGCUCUUUCUUCUUACAUUGACUACCUUCAGAGUAAGGCUACUACUCAAAAUUUUCAAGUUAUAAAAAGUUAUCUUCAAAAAUACUGUCUGGCCUCUGGUCAAGAAAUAAAUUUUGAAAAAUAUGGAAUUUUAUUUAGUAGAAGAAUACCUGAGCAUAUGAAGGCCAUUUUGGCCAAUAUUCUUGACAUUCAGAGCAGAUAUUUAGGAGAAAUAUACCGCACUCCUACUGUGUUUCAAGCUUCAAAAGUAGAAACCCAUAUGGUUAUUCUCCAAGCUGUUGAUGCCAUAAUUUCCAUCUGGUUGCAUAAACUUCUAUCUCAAGCUGCUAUAACUACUUUGAUUAAACACAGUGGCCAAGCCAUUCCUCUCUUUCAAAUGGGGGCCUUUCUUAUUCCUAAACACCUUUGUAAGCUAAUGGAUUCUCACCUAUGCAAGUUUUGGUGGGGGGAAACUUUAGACCCCAAGGAUAGAAAGCUACACCUUUUGGGCUGGGACAUCCUAUGCUCCCCUAAGGCUGAAGGUGGUUUAGGCUUUAGAAAGGCUGAGCUGAACAACCUGUCUAUGAUGGCUAGGAAUGCUUGGAGGAUUCUAGAACAUCCUGAUUUCCUUCUACCUAUUGUUCUAAAAGCUAAGUAUUUUCCUAAUACUGAUUUUCUGAAUGCUAAGUGUCCUUCCAAGAGUUCUUGGACCUGGAAGUGUUUACAUGCCAUCAAAGAACUCAUCAAACUUUUUAUCUCUUGGAUUGUGGGGUAUGGUCAAUUUAUUGACCCCUGGUGUGAUAAAUGGAUACCCACUUUGGGGUCUGCCACACCCAACCUCUUAGUCCCACCUGAUCCCAUUAUUAAAGUCUCUUAUUUUAUUGAUACUCAAACUAAGAGUUGGAAUUUAUCUAGACUUAACACCCAUUUUGAUAAUGCUUCUGUUCAUAAGAUUUUCUCUCUUCCCUUAAGCCAGGUUUGCACUCCUGAUGGGAGGGCAUGGGAUCUUUCAAAGAAUGGCAAAUUUUCCUCUAAAUCUGCCUACACGGGACUAAGAGGGCUGAGGCCUUCCCAUUGUAAAAACCUUUGGAAGCGUAUUUGGAAAAUUAGAGUACCUUACAGAAUUUAG